GCCCCCGCCCCCCCCGCUUCCUCCCGGGCGGCCCCGCCCGCGGCCGAGGUGGGUAGCAACAGUUGCCCCGGUGAGGGAACACGGAGGGCGCCAUAGCCACGGUAGCCGUGGCGACCAGGGAACCCGGCAACAACAACCGCCGCCGCCCCGGCCGCCCCCGCCCCGCCGCCGCCCCCGUCCCGGCCCCCCCCGCCCGCGCCGGCACCGGCGCCCCGGGCCCGCGCCCGGCCGCGCCGCCCGACGCCUCCGGCCCUGGAAGGGACGCGGCCUCCGCGGGGCCCCGGGGAGGGACGAGCCAGGAAGCCGGAAAGAAAGCGCCGUAUUUACCGCCGUCUCCCCCGCCGUCGGCAUGGCGACGCAGGCCUACGUUACCGAGUUACAGGCGGCCCAGCAACAGCCGCCGCCGCAGCAACAGGCGCCGCCGCAGCAACAGGCGCCGGCCCCGGCCCCGGCGGCCUACGCGGCCGAGCUGCCCGGCCCCCCCGCCGCCCCCGCCGCCCCCAAGGCCUACGCGGCCGAGCUGGGGGCCCCGGCGGCCCCCGCCGCCCCCGCCGCCCCCCCGGCCCCCGCCCCGCAGCAGUACAUCGUCGUCACCGUCUCCGAAGGCGCCAUGCGGCCCAGCGACGCGGCGGCGGAGGGGAGCCCCGGGGCGGCAGCCGCCCCCCCCGCCGUCCCGGCCCAGGCGGUGCCGCAGGCGCAGGCCCCCCCGCCGCCGCGGCUCCUGGGGCCGGCCAAGCCGCCCGCCGUCUCCCCGCUCCAGAUCGCCGGCGUCCCGGUGCCGCAGCAGCGCUCGCCGGCGCAGAGCAGCAGCCCCGCCGCCAAGCCGGGCCCCGCGCCGCCGCUGCCGGUCCACGGCGUCCCGCCGGUGCCCGUGCCGCAGGAGCGGUCGGUGGUGCAGGCGGCCCCGCAGACGGCCAAGGCCGGCGCCGUGCAGCAGCUCAGCGUCCAGGGGCUCCCGCAGGUCCACGUGGCCCAGGAGCGCGGCGCGGCCGAGCCGUGGCCGGAGCCGCCGCGGCCCCCGCUGCUGCCGCCGGCGCCCGGGGGGGCCGCGCCGAGAGCCCCCCGCAUGCUGCUGCUGCGCCCGGCCGCCGCCCUCACAGUGCAGCAGCUGCAGCAGGUGCCGGUGCAGCACGUCUACCCCGCGCCGGUGCAGUACGUGGAGGGCGGCGACGCCGGCUACGCCGCCGGCACCAUCCGCUCCGGCUCCUACCCCUACGCCGAGGCCCCGCUCUACCCGCAAGGCGCCGGCGGCAGCUACUACGAGGCUCCGGCGGCGGCGGCGGUGCAGCCCAGCGCCCCGGCCACCUCGCAGGCCCCCGCCGGCGCCGGCGCCGUGCCCAUGUACGUCUCCGGCGGGCAGAUCGUGGCCGCCGCCGGAGCCGCCGCCGGAGCCGCCGCCGCCGCCGGAGCCGCGGCCGGAGCCGCCGCCGCCGGAGCCGCCGCCGCCGGCACCUACGUGAUCCAGGGCGGCUACAUGCUGGGCGGCUCGGGGCAGUCGUACUCGCACACCACGCGCGCUUCCCCGGCCACGGUGCAGUGGCUGCUGGAUAACUACGAGACGGCCGAGGGCGUCAGCCUGCCGCGCAGCACCCUGUACUGCCACUACCUGCUGCACUGCCAGGAGCAGAAGCUGGAGCCCGUCAACGCCGCCUCCUUCGGCAAGCUCAUCCGCUCCGUCUUCAUGGGGCUCCGCACCCGCCGCCUCGGCACCAGGGGCAACUCCAAGUACCACUACUACGGGCUGCGCAUCAAGGCCAACUCGCCGCUGCUGCGGCUCAUGGAGGACCAGCAGCACCUGGCCAUGCGCCAGCAGCCCUUCUCCCAGAAGCAGAGGCUGAAGCCCAUCCAGAAGAUGGAGGGCAUGACCAACGGCGUGGCCGUGGGGCAGCAGCAGCCCGCGGGGCUCUCCGACAUCAGCGCCCAGGUGCAGCAGUACCAGCAGUUCCUGGACGCCUCGCGCGCCCUGGCCGACUUCGCCGAGCUGGAGCCGCAGGGCCGGCCGCUGCCCGAGGGCGUCGGCGCCGAGGACCUCAAGGCCUUCCAGCUGCUCUACCGCGAGCACUGCGAGGCCAUCGUGGACGUGAUGAUAAACCUGCAGUUCACGCUGGUGGAGACGCUGUGGAAGAGCUUCUGGAGGUGCAGCCUCGGCCAGCCCAGCGACGCCGCCCCCGUCGCCGUGCAGGACGAGGCGGAGAAGCGGCUGCCCAAGCGCUGCCUCGUGGCGCUCUGCAAGUACGAGCCGGCGCUGCGCUGGGCCAGGGGCUGCGACCACGCGCUCUACCAGGGCCUCGUGGAGAUGCUCAUCCCCGACGUGCUGCGGCCCAUCCCCAGUGCCUUGACGCAAGCGAUCCGCAACUUCGCCAAGAGUUUGGAGAGCUGGUUAACGAACGCCAUGAUGAACAUCCCCGAGGAGAUGGUGCGCGUGAAGGUGGCGGCAGCAAGUGCCUUUGCCCAGACGCUGCGGCGCUACACGUCCCUGAACCACCUGGCGCAGGCGGCCCGCGCCGUGCUGCAGAACACGGCCCAGAUCAACCAGAUGCUCAGCGACCUCAACCGCGUCGACUUCGCCAACGUGCAGGAGCAGGCCUCGUGGGUGUGCCGCUGCGAGGACCGCGUGGUGCAGCGGCUGGAGCAGGACUUCAAGGCGACGCUGCAGCAGCAGAACUCGCUGGAGCAGUGGGCCGCCUGGCUCGACGGCGUCGUCACCCGCGUCCUCAAGCCCCACCAGGGCGGCCCGGCCUUCCCCAGGGCCGCCAAGCUCUUCCUCCUCAAGUGGUCCUUCUACAGCUCCAUGGUGAUCCGCGACCUGACCCUGCGCAGCGCCGCCAGCUUCGGCUCCUUCCACCUCAUCCGGCUGCUCUACGACGAGUACAUGUACUACCUGGUGGAGCACCGCGUGGCCCAGGCCCGCGGCGAGACCCCCAUCGCCGUCAUGGGCGAGUUCGCCAACCUGACGAGCUCCUUGAACUCCCUGGACCCCGACAAAGACGAGGAGGAAGAGGAGGAGGAGGAGAGCGACGAGGAGCUGCCGCAGGAGCUCGCGCUCAGCGCCGGCGAGCCGGCCGGGCUGCCCGACGCCAUGGAGCCCCCGGCCAAGCUGGCGCGCGCCGACUCCCGGGGGGGCAUCUUCGUCCAGGCCCUGCCCUCCAGCUAGGGGGGCCCCGCGCCCCCCCCCCCAUUUCCCCCCCCCCCGCCUGGUAUGCCGCGCUUUUGCCCCCCCCCCCGCCCCCCCCCGCAGCGAGGAGCCCGGCCCAGGGCCGCCUGCCCCCCCCACCCCCCCCCCGUGUCCCCAUCGCAUCCCCCGGCGGCGGGGGGGGGGCCGGGGGGGCGCUCAGCAGCGAUAUGUGCCUUAAGCGACGCGCGGGGGCCGUGUGCCAAAAUGUGCCCCCCCCCCGCCGGCUGCGGGGGCACCGGCUGUGGGGACGGGGGGGGCACCGGGGGGGCGGCGCUGCAGCGAGGGGAACGGCAGGAUGUGGGGCUGAACCCGGGUCCCCCCCCCGCCCCAAAUCUCCCCCCCCGCCCCAGGCACAGCCCCCCCCAGGCGGUGGGUCACGUCCCCCCCCCCAGCUCCUGCCUCCUGGGGGGGGGCGAUUCGGGGGGGCUGCCCCCCAGCAAGACACAUGGGGGGCAGGAUGGAGCUGGGGGGGGGAUGUGGGGGGCAGGAUGGAGCCGGGGGGGCAGGAUAGAGCCCCGGGGGGGCACUUGGGGGGCAGGACGGCAGCCCCGGGGCAUCUCGUACCCACCGGCCCCCCCCCACGCGGCCAUGGGGGGGGCUCUGCCCCACACCAUCCCCCCCCACUGCUGCCUUAGGCCGGCCCCCCCCAACACGGCCCCCCCCGCCUCGCCGCCUGUUUGUAACCGCGUUGUAGGUACCGCGGCCCCGACUGUGCUUUUCUCUGUGCCCCCCCCUCGUCGUGCCCCCCCCCGAGUGGUGACCCCGGCCCCCCCCCACCGCCAUGGCCUUACGCGUGUGGCCCCCCCCGUGUCCCCAGCCGCGACGUUCAGUGCCAGAGUCGACAAACGGUGUGAAAAACCUCGAUUUUGUGGGCGGGGGGGCGGGGGGGCCGCUGUGUCCGUGUGUAGUGCAGGGUGCGAAGCUGUUUUCUACCUUUUGUAGCUCUUUCUUAAGGAAUAAAUCCAGCGUGGUCUUUG